UAAUAUAAUAAUCCCUACACAGGAUGCAGCAUUUAGAGUUAUGUGUGUGGAUGGUGGUGAUGGUGGCGGGGUGCGAGUCUCUCACGGCCGGCACUUGUGCUGAUCAAAGCCCUAAGGUGGUCUCUACUUCUCAAGGGAAGGUAUCCGGCAUAUUGGAGAAGUCUGUCAGUGGCAAGAUUUUCUGGUCUUACUACGGAAUACCCUACGCUAAACCUCCUCUUGGCCAGCUCAGGCUCAGGGACCCGCUGCCUGCAGAACCCUGGAGUGGAAUAAGGAACGGGUCUGUGGAGUUCGAGUCCCAGCCUUGUCUGCAGGUGCCCUUCCGUGUGGCUGUUGAAGGAAUCAAGUUGAAACCACAACAGCUGGUGGGCACCGAGGACUGCCUCUACCUGAACGUAUUCAGGCCCACGGUGGCGUCGUUUAAGCAGUUGCCGGUAAUGGUGUACAUACAUGGAGGAGGAUUCUUGGCCGGAGGUUCUGUUGAGUACGAGCCACACGUCCUCCUCGACCAUGACAUUGUUCUGGUCGUCCUCCAGUACAGGGUUGGAGUCAUGGGAUUCUUGUCGACGGAGGACUCUGUUAUUCCUGGAAACUUUGGACUGAAGGAUCAGACGAUGGCGUUCCGCUGGGUGCAGAACAAUAUACACAAUUUCGGUGGAGAUCCUAACUCUGUUACUAUCUUCGGAGAGAGUGCUGGAGGGGCAUCGGUGCACCAUCAUAUUUUGAGUCCUAAAUCACAAGGCCUGUUUCAUCGUGCAAUCAUGCAAUCCGGAACAGCCAUUUCUACGUUCGGUGUAGGUACGGGUCACCGGCAGGUCGCUGAGCAGGUGGGGGUAUCCAUGGGCUGUGACACAAGUCUGGGAAGCUCUCACCUCCUUGCCUGUCUACAGACACUUGACGCACGUAACCUGUCAGCAACUCUCCAAAAUUUCUUCGAAUGGUUUAUCUCUCCCCUUGCGUUCAAACCACGUGUGGACGGAGACUUCAUCCCGGCUCAGCCAGCGCAGCUUCUUAAAGACCGUCAGUACAAAGCCGUGGACAUCCUCUCUGGUAACACACAUAAUGAAGGCUACCUGGUCGGCUACCCUCUGUAUAUUGAGAAGAACCUUCAAGAGUCACUUCUAAAUAAUUUCUCCUACGUGGGUCCUCUGAGUCUGAUCUGCUGUGAAGGUUCCUCCGACCCUCUGUCUAUCACCAAAAGAGUUUACACCUAUUAUCUCGGAGGACUGAACUUCAGUUUUGAGACACAGAAAGAUCAGAUAAUUCAGAUGUUUGGAGAGUAUCAUUUACAAGUUCCCAAGAUUUUGCAGAAGUUCUACACUACCAUAACGACCCAUCCAAAAAGGUCUUUGCUUACGAACUUGUACAUCGAGGUCAACUAUCCCAAGGUGACUUCUUCGUACCGCUACUAAGCAAUCAUUAUGUGACUCAUGGUGAUGACCUGUACUACUUAUUCCGAGGAGGACCUUUACUGCAGCCCGUCCCGAGCAUUCCAGGCCGCCCUUAUGAUUUACAACGUGAGGUUGACCUCAAAGUGAGGCACUUCAUCACAACCAUGUGGA